AGUUCCAGUCAGCUGACUCCUUCACAUGAUCAGGAGGAUCUGUCAUCAAAGCCCGUUUUCUGAUUUUCUCCCUUCCUAACAAAAUCUGCAAGAUUGACGAGCUGUAAUGGCAGGUCGGGGAAAAUUAAUCGCCGUGAUUGGCGAUGAAGACACCUGUACGGGAUUCCUGCUCGGUGGAAUUGGCGAGCUGAACCAAAACCGCAAGCCGAAUUUCUUGGUGGUGGAGAAGGACACGAGCAUAACAGAGAUCGAGGAGACCUUUAAGAGCUUCCUGGCCCGUAAAGACAUCGGCAUCAUCCUGAUCAACCAGUUCAUCGCUGAGAUGAUACGCCACGCCAUCGAUGCCCACAUGCAGUCUAUUCCUGCAGUGCUGGAGAUCCCAUCCAAGGAGCAUCCCUAUGAUGCCUCUAAGGACUCCAUUUUGCGGAGAGCCAAAGGCAUGUUCUCUGCCGAGGACUUCCGAUAAACACUCCACCCAUGUAACAUACACACACCCUGCGUUCUGGGCAGGAGCGCAGAUCCACCGUGUGACAGUAUAGAUGUCCAUGACUUGAAAUGACCUUGUGUUCUGAUUUUGCCAUGCUAUUAGGUGAUUAGGCUUCUUCUAGGUUAUCAGUAACUGAAUCAAUAUUGAUUUCCACAUGACCCCACUGUUCUCAGUUGUGUUCAGGGUGCAGCUACCAUUCCAGAUUAAAUGUUGUUUAUAAUUUGCCCUUUGUCAUUUCUGCCUUGUAGUAAGUUAUAUAUAAAGAACACUCAUUCAAUAUAAAUUGUGUUUCUAGGUUAGAUGAUGUUGUCUUAACCAGCUAUACCAGAGCAGUCUCAUUUUUAUGUUAAGACUGUAAUCAAUGAGAUGUAUUUUUCCUUUUUUUCCCCAGAGAAGACAUGAUAUCUAGGCCCAAUUUGCAGCAAAGAGCUUUUUUUUUUUCCAGGAAGUGUAAAAUGUUUCCAUGUGACGAUGCCUCACAUCUGUCAUUUUUAGAUGCAUGCAUCUGUAAGCUGAAAAGGCCUAUCCUCUCUACAGUUAUGUGUUUACAAAGCUGUAAGGUAGUUUAAUUUCCUCACAGCAGAAUCCAGCUCAGUGCAUGUGAUACAAGGGGAAAAUGGAUUUGGAAAUGUAAUACCUUACACUUACACGGUCAUAUCAUUCUUUGUGUUAAUACAGCUGCCUCUGAAUCAGUUGUGUAAUCGUUACAGGUGUAUUAACUUAUUGCUAUAAAAACCCUGAGGGGUUUAUAUUGAAACAAAUAAAUUAUAUUGUUGGUUGUGA